GCUCAACUUGAUAUAGUGAUCCAAAAUAUGAAAAAUGGCUCAUCUUACCCCACUCUCCCCUACUACGAAACUAGACCUUCUGAUUUAACAUUAUUAAAGUUACCAAGUUUUUUGAUUAGACAAGAAGUCUACUAUGAACCAGUGGUAUUCUGUACAGAUAGAUCAGUAUCACAUGGUGCCUUGCUUUUCUUUGAGUGGUGAUAUGGUAAAUGUAAACCUAGAGUUGCUCUGUAAUUCGACUCUGGUGAAGAGAGUGUGUUGUUGCUUUAAAACUGGUCGGUUUUAAUGACAUUUAGGGAGAAUAAUCACGCGUGUGCACUCACUCACUCACUGAGGGGAUGUUUGAAUGAGAGACAAGAGCCCCAGAGAAAGAAAAUGAGUAACUUCCGGCUGAGACAACACAGACUGAGCCUGUGGUAUGUUGACUGGUGUGUAGAGCCCUGAGGUGGUUUAGUUACAGCAACUCCAUGCUGUCUAAAGUGCUGUUAUUCAAUAGUGUAGUGAGGUAUCUUGGAGAAAUUGAAGUAAAUGAUAAAACAGGUUUCCAGACCACUUCAUUAUAUUGUAAUAAGGCUUCAUUUUGGGGUGACAGCCUCAAUGCUGGUUGAGCGGUAAUACUCAACAUAAGGAAGACUGUAAGAGACGGGUGGAGGAGGCGGAGCACCGGAGUUUAUUACCCAACACUGGCUCUAAGUGCUGGGUCCGGUUGUCAGAGCGUUUGUGAAGGCAGGAGCAGAUGCGCCGUCCAGGCUGGUUAAGUCCCCUAAGAAGCUACUAGUCCAAUUAACGUAGAGGAGGCGGAAAUCCACCCAUGUCGGCGGCUAUUAAACUAACUUACCGCCGCUCGGCUCGAUGAUGGACAUGAACACCGCUCCGGUAAAUGUAAACGACCUGAUGCUACAGCCCACCGUCAGCGAACAAGUUGGACCCGAGGCGACGCCGACUCUUCAGAGGGAUGCGGGUGUAUUUUAAGCCGUUGUAGUCGCGGUUUUUUUUGGUGGGCGAACACAAUAAGCCUUUUUAAGCUCCUGUUGUAGGCCUGCUGCACGCGCGUCGUUCGGCGACGCUACGGAGUUUCCUCGCGCUGUUGGUGAAGGAGGCACGUUAACAUGGAAACAUACACUGAUGUGCUGCUCGUCACCGCAAAUGUCGGGUCACUGUUUGACAAUGUAAGUAGACUGGGUAAGAGUAACAUUUAAAGCACUCCAGACUGACACGCUGCCAGGGGAUUAUACCUAAUACCAUUGGGCUGAUAGACAAAUAAUGAGUCGACAGUGUAACAGCUAGUAUUGCAUUGUGAAGUUUGGACCCUACAUGGCCUCUGUCAGUAUAUACCUUCAGGUAUAAUUACGUAACAACCGUGCUAAGCUCCGCACGCGCCACCUAUAUUUAAAUAUAGGCUAUAUAACAUUUGUAUUGUAUCUAAUAAUCUACCACCAUGUAGUGUUUGUGAGUCCACUCUGGUUAAACAAAAACAUCAACGAGCCAAAAGUCGCUUAUUGUUACCUGUUGGACGUAGGGGAGAGUGGGGUAAGAUGAGACAUUUUUCAUAUUUGGAAUUACCACAUCAAGGCAAUAAUAGUUUUGUCACUAAAUAGUGUAGCUGCAUAUAUUUCAAGAUGUUGUGCAGCCCUGCAAACCAAAAGAAUGAGUGCAAACAAAACUGUCUUGAUAAUACAGCAUGCCAAAAAAGUGGUCUCCUAUGGUCAACUGUAUGGCUCAUGAUGUAUGUACCCCAUGAGCCCCCCCCCUCACCUUCUCUCUCCCUAAAUAACAGUCACUUCUUCACAUUCAUGUGCAUUUUAACUAUUUUAUGCUAUUUAACUGGUAGAAUAAUUAUUUUUAUUAUUAUUGCAUAUAACUGCCAAAUAGCAUGAGAAUGCCUGUAAGUGAUUCAGAACAUUCACAGCUGUAUUUUUGAAAAGGCAAAGUAUCAUAUUUCAACAAUCUGAACUGAAACUCUGAUCCUCUCAUCAGACUCCUUUACUUUUUCAGUUGAGCCACUGGCUCAACUUGCCCCAGAACCACUAUUAUGACUUUAUUAGUCCUCGAAGCAAAGUUUUUGACCUGAUGUUGUAGCUCAUAGAUACCCCAAUUGAUGUAUAAAACAAUUUUUUAAAUGAAAUUUUUUUGGUCUGAACACAAUUAUUAUAAAACUUUUGACAGACUAAAUUCACUUUCAAAAGUUAAAAACAGCCUCCAUGAAUUGAUGCCCAUCUCCUAAAUGUUUGGUCACAUGAUCAAUUUUCUUUCACCAUUUCCAAUUAACAGGGGGGGUGGCUCAACUUACCCUUUGGCUCAACUUACCCCACUCUCCCUCACACAUUUUUAUGCAUCACCUGACCAGCCUAUAGUCCGGCUACAUCUACGAAAGUUAUUUUAGCCCAUGCCUUGUCCGAUUAUAAGGCAAGCGCUAAAAUAACUUUCAUAGCCAUCUUGUUUCAGGCCUCCGAUUUAGCUUUUUUCCAACUUGGUAACUGAAACGCUGGAAAUCGAGUGUCAUGUCAUUUUCAGCUCCGACAUCUGACUUUCGAGGCAACUCGAACGCAGCAAUAAAUUCAAGGUAACAUUCUAGGCAAUGUUACUAAUUAAUUUUUUCAAUAUAACAUAUUUCCUUUUGUUAGCCAAAUUGCGUUCAUGAACAAGGAUCUUAUUAGGUUACUAAGCUAUGUUUUUAUUGUAGCAUAGAGUAGAUGAAGUUGAAACAUACAGGCAUGGUUUCAAAAGUACAUAUUCUAAUAUUCCCAUUUUAACACACUGAAUUUAAAAUUCUCAGGUAUCUGUAUUGUAUGUUUUUAGUAGUCAUUUGUGUCUGCGCAGUAAUAGUUAAUGCCAUCAUCUGUGAAAGCCCUUCAUAAAAAAUGUGGCCUCCAUGCUCUUUACCUUUCUCCCAAAAUAUAAAUCCUCAUCCAUGAGUUGGAACUUACAUGUCGUCGAUAUAUGUAAAAGGUAAAAAUGUUAGAAAAAAAACUCAAAAGUCAGUUAUUAUUUUCCUUAUCUUUGCUGUGUAUCAUCUUUGUCAUCAUCUUUGGUGGCCACUUAAUUUCCAAUGCAAACUUUAAAGCUCCUGUGAGUAACUUUACUUUGUGUCAACUUUGGCGCCCCCUGUGAACUAAGCAGUCUUUACUUAUCCCGUCCUCUAGAUGUUUAGAUAGUGUCUCUGGUCAAGAAUCUCUUCUUAGUGACUUUUUUCAGUCAAAUGCAUCAUCUAUUGUGAAUAAUUUUGUGUAAAUUGUAAAAACAAAGUUGUUUUUACAGCUGCGGAUCAAUGUUAUCAGCUCACACCAGUUUUAGUUGUUAGAAAUUAUAAUGUGAAAGUAGUCAGUCUUGUUGCUGAUGGUUUUGUUUGCUAUUUUAUACCAUAAAAAGGCAUUUGUAUGAAUUUGAGUCUGUCUCAUUGGCAUCAAUAAAACUCUGCACUGUAGCUUUAAGGGUUAAAGAGAUUAAAGUAAAAUGUUACAGUUCUGAGCAGAAGGAUAAAUAUUGAGGACUUUUAUAGAUUCAGUCCAGAAACUUUCCAACAUUGCAGGGAGGAGAGCUCUUACACUCAUGGAAAUUUGGCACAGGACCAUGUUUCCGGUUGCCAGAUCUGUCUCCAAUGAAAACAUGUUAGAUCCCAUUGUGGGAGUUAUGUAAACAGAUGAAAAUCUUUUCCUUCGGGACUUGAACUUUUCUACCAACUUAGGUUCCCUAUUUCAAACAAAUACUCCUAAAUGUACAACCAUCCUUCAGGAUAAGAGCAAGACCCGAGGCACAUCACAAGAUAAAUCCUACUACUUUACAAUGCUGGAAAAGCCAAGUGUGCUGACAGAGCAAUAACCCCAUGAGACAGUCAACUCAAAAUAUUCCUGUUUUUUAUGAUGUAAGACCAGAGCACUGAGCUGAAGAUUAUAUCCAUCCUGUGUGUGUAAAGACCAAAAAUAGACUGCAUUUAAAACAUACAAGAGAACCAAAAACGUUCUCUUUCACAGUACAAGCUGUGUCACGUAGAAUGUAACGUGAGAGUCUUAAGUGAUGGAAGGAGGAUGCUUUUCAGCCAGUUUUCCAAAGCAUUAUAAGACAGCUGUAAACAACAAAAAAAGCCUUUACUUAAUGACUGCCCAGGAUCCUCUAAAGCAAAGUGUGUCUUUGGAAAGCUGUUGUGGAAGCUCACUUAGGACCUCUUUUAUAUGGCAUGCCCGGUCUUGUUUGGUGACGCACUGUCACUAGUAUGCACCAAAGAUAAAGGAGACACUCCAUUUUAAACUCUUAUUUUUUUCAUUAACAGCCUCCCGUGUGCUGUUUGUUGAAGAACUUUGAAUGUUAACACAUGCUGGAGUUGAAUUCAAACGAACCAGGGUCAGUGGAAACAGUGGAUACAGGCUGUUGAUCCAGAGCCGAGAUGCAGCCUUCCCCGUCUCACUGCCAUGCAAAUCCACUAUGCAAAGCCAUUUCUUAACCAAUAUGAGCCCACCUGGCUUUGUAGGGGAUUGUAUUUCACUUUGCAAGUAUACUCAGAAGACUCAGCAGCAGAGUUAAAGAAAUAGAAACACAAGAAAGUCAAGUAGAUGAACCUCCUGUUAACCUUAUUUAUUUAUAUUAAUGCUGUCAUGGGCGGCUCUUUGGUUUCAUAAAGGAGAGGGCCGCUAAAUAAGCCUCGGCUUUGUUUGACAGAUCGCUGUAUGUAAAAUUUAUCUGUCUGCCUUACUCAUAGUUUACUCAUCUUCCAAAUGUUUAUGCACUUCUAAACUCAUCAUUAGGGUUGAUGCAUGGACCCUGGACAGAUUAUAACAGGUGCAGCCACACUUGAACGAGAUUACAUCCUGGAACAACAAAACAAUGGGAAGCUCAGAUGAUAAAAUCUACAGACCAUCUUCAUUGUUUGCUUUAACCUGCUUAGAGUUAAUAUUAGCUCAGCGUUCCCCUCAGAGAUUUAUGACUCCAGUUUGACCUCCUUGUCUGUCAGCUCGCUUUAUAGUUUUUCCAUACAGACGUUACAACUUAGAAAUGAGACCCCCUUAGUUAAAAUGGAACUUUUUAUGAAAACAGCAGAGGAAACAAAAAUAAUUUAUGAUGUGAAAAAAGUCACUCACAGGGUUAAAGUCUCAGAUAAUCGCCACAUGUUUUUGUCGUUAAAAGCAAGAUGUCUCUGACGCAUCAGCCCACCUGCUGAGUUACUGUCAGCAUGUGUGAAAUGCGACACUGCUUUGCAUCUGCUGUGGAUUAAUUAUGACUAAAUGGUUUACAAAAUAGACCCUAAAUUAGAUUAACUUUUUUAUUGUUAUGCUAAUGCAAGUCAAGACUGUCACCAGGUUGGAUAAGUCAUUUAUAACACCAACAGAGCCUUUGUUUACACUUUUAUCCUCACCAGAUAAAGACAAGGAAACAUGAACAUUUUGUACCAAGAGAACAACAGUUUGUUGAUAAAAAUCAGUGAUGAAAUUAGUUGCAGAUGGAUUUAGGUCAAUGAUUAGUCAUCCUGUGUUUGUACAUCAUUCUCCUUUGUUAAAGUGCUCAGACUUUUGCAGCCUUAAAAUCUGUGCUGCAAGUGUGAAACAGUUACCAAAGAUGGGACAGGUUAUCAAAGCAUAGCGACAUGGCAGCAGGCAUGCAAAACCAUUACGUCAUAAAACUUCUAGAGAACAGGAGAAUUUUAACCGUCAAUGCUGCAGAGCAAAGAGCUGCCUGCAAGAUCUGUACACUGGAAUUGACUUAUUAUGAGAGCAUGUCGGUAAUGCACAAGUGUUUAAAGCAGCAAUUGUGACAUUCAACUUAACAGUUUAAAGUCUGAGUCAUGAUGUGAGUUUGCACUUUUAGUUCCCUUCUUUCAAGUCUUUAUCUUUUUCCUCUCCUUCUCUAUUCAUACCUUUAUAUACUAUGACGCUAGUGACUGUCUUUUUGAAGCCUUGAGCUUGACUUUUGGAUCGUUUUUAGAGCUAGAGAUGACCAUAUUGGGGCCAGAGGGCUGGAGGAGUGAAGGGUUGGCAAAUGCUGAGUUUUCAAAUGCCCGUGUCUCUAAGGGAGAUAGCUAUUGUGUGCACUCUUCUUUUUUUCGACCUCUAAAAGUGCUUUAUGCUACAGGUCGGCUUUCACCCAUUCACACAAACGUAAACACAUGAAUACCAGUGCCAUGCAAGAUCCUAGUUGCAGCCAUACUCUUCAUACAUAACUUUAUGCCUGAAAGUACAAUGAUGAUACCAGUACAGAUCAGUAGUGUUGUAUUGGGAUAUAGCUACUUAAUGAUUACGCUUCAGUGCAGAACCAGGGGGACUUACGCUCUGCUGACCAUAGAGUUCCACAUCCUCCUAAUUUCAAAGCUGAUGUUACUGCAUAUCAUGAAAGUGCAGAGUGUCUCACUCACCUGGUUCACUUGGGUUCUCUUUUCUACAUAGGUCAAGAUACCAAAAUCAGAUCUAGGUAGAGACUCAGCACAGCCAGUAGGAUGUUUAGUAUUGGAAUUUAGCUGAGUAAGCUAACUUUGUGGGAAACACCAAGAGUAACUGACCUUUUUAGAAGUUAUCUGUUGUCUGGAAGAGAUACAGUAAGGGCAGGGUCAGAGUGCAGGAAGACGCAGCUGAGUUCGUAGACACCAUCAAGUCCUUUUGAUGAAGACUUUAACAGAUACAGAUAAAGGGUUUGUUGGUGUUUUCUGCCCAUUUGUUUAAUUGAUUGUGAGGAUGUUAAAGGCAUUUCUUUAGAUAUGAUAAAACGUUGUUGUUUGAUAAAGUAGACUUGUCCCUUCUUUACACUUAUCAGCUCACUAAAACCAAAUAAAUGCUAAAGUCUCUGUUGCAUUCUGGAGUUUUAAAACUUUAACUUUUGUCCAAUCUAUAACUCCUAAUUUGGUUUGUUAGUGUUGUCUUUGCAGAUGAUUGGAUAAAAUAUCAAUAAAAAUGUAGUAUUUGUUUUUUUAGACAUUACAUAAGGAAACUUGCAUACUGUACCUUUAAUAAUUCUUCUCUUUGCCUUGUUUUAGGUGGGUGAAAUUCAAAAUGAGUGGUUACAAGAGCUGUACAAGGUAAGCCUGAUAAUGAACAGUGUUUUUUCCUCUUCUCAGUGUUUGUUUUUGCUCAGAAUAUCUUCCAAAUUUGGAUGAGAGUCUGCUGCAUUUUAGGCAAAUGAAAUAAACAUUGUUACACAGUCAGCAGCUCCAGCUUCCUGUAGAAAACACACACUGCUGAUAAGUGAAAACAUGUCACAGCAGAAAAUCAGUGACAGAAAAACUCCAGAUGACCGCCAUGGAUAGUUAAUGUUAUCCUUAUGCACAAUGUCAACCUGUCUCAACUCAAUAUUUACUCUGUAAUGUAUAAUUGGCUUUGACUAACACCCCUUUUUGCUUCUUUUCGAUAGACUAUCCAGAACUACAAGCCACAGUUCAUUGCCCUGCACUUCCAGGAAGUGGGAGGGAAGGAUUACAUGGCCAACAUGGGCUAUGCUGAAAACUUCUUUUGGUAAACUGACAACAAGUUUUCCCAUAAUUCCCUGUAUUUUUCUGUGAGUCCAUCAUUAUGUUUUGGGUUUUGAAAACAGUAAACCGCCCAUCACAGUUUGUUCAAGGCCAAGCUGAUGCAUGAAGAUCACAUACAUGUUCCCCAAAAGGUCCAUAAACCAAAAACAUUUACAUUUAAGAGGCGAGCAGAAGAAAGAAGUGUCCGAUCAAUUAAGCGACUAAUCUCUUUAGCUCCACGUCAAAGGGGUUGACCUUUUUAUUCUCUUGCCUGACUAGAGCCCUCAUGUUGUCUGUUGUUUGCAGGAGCAUUGAGUCCAGUGAGGAAAUGAAAGGUUAUGACAGAGUCUGCAUCUACGUGGACAACCACUUCCAAGCAGAAGACAGCUUUACGGUAAGGAAACACCAUGAGACGGCUCAAUCGGAGUAAUUCACAUGAGCUUCCACUAGAUGGAGCCCUCCUCCAUGUUAGUGAGAAGCGUCAGCAGGAUGUGCAGCUUGUAUUCUGCUGAUGAGUCAAACCAGAGCUACAAAGUCUGACAGUGUUGUAACAGAAAACAGCAAAUACCUGCAAUUUAAGCUUAAGUUGGUUAUGUGAAGAAAUCCUGUUUCCUCACAUCUCUUGCAGAAGUCAUGACUCUGCAGAUGUAGUCCUUCUUGACAAUGUUGGUGAGCUGCAGUAUGUGGACCCUGUUGGUUCCUUUCAUACAUCAAAUAGGCUUAUCCUACACCUCCUAUUUAGAGUUUUUUUAGAAACUGAAUUGUAUUAGUCUUAUGGUAAAGAAGACAGCGAUGCUUGAGUGUAGCAUGAGUUAAAAAACAGACGUUAGUGUUUGGUUUAGCUGAACUAAUAUAAGUUAUUACAUCCUCUAAGCAGCACCAUGAUUACAAGCCAGUUAAGUGAAUUACUAUUACUUUUUACCACCAGACCACAGCUCAGGGCUGCUGCUGCAGUUAUGGUACUGUGAUACUCAACCAUCAGGAUGUAAACUGACUCAGAUGACAGAUGACAUCGUGCAGCGUGGUGUGGUUUGGCAGCAUUUUAAUGUAUUGAAUGUUAACAAAGUUAUAUGUUAGCUGUGUUUGAUAUAACCAUAAACAAGAGCAAAGUGUGACCAGCACAGACCUGUAGAGAGCACCACGUAAACCAGUUUUACAUCGUUUACUCACAGAAUCUGUUAUGUGUGGCUGUGAAACAUAAAUUAUCCUCAUUUUGGCUGUUUCAUGAGUGUUUUCUUAUCUGUAGACUAGUCAGUCAACUGAAAUUUAUAAUUAAGAUAUAUGGUCUUGCCCUGUCCUAUCUCUCUGAGCUUCUUUACCCAUAUACACCCACCUGCAAGCUCAGGGAGGACCGUGCAUUUGCUGUUGCAGCCCCAAAACUAUGAAACGAUCGCCCUCAAAACAUUAAACUGGCCUCUUCUCUACCGGAGUUUAAAUCUCUUCUUAAAACCUCUUCUCCUUGGCCUCUGUUACCUAGUAAGACGUUGGCUUGAUUUGAUUUGAUUAGAAAUUUAUCUUAUUUUAUUGUUUCUUUUAUUGCAUGGCUAUUAUUUUACCUAUGUUGAAUGCCUUUUAGAUUAUUUUAUCGUGUUAUGUGAGAUAAUGUUGACUUUUAUUUAUGACCCCAUACAACACUUUGGUCCUCUGUGGAUGUUUUAAAGUGCACAAACAUAUGUGUAUAUAUAUAUAUAUAUGUAUAACAGCACAGCGUAACUCAACUUUAUCUAUAUACCUUUCAUAAAUGAGUAUGCAGUCCAGAGAGCUUCACAAAAUAAAAAACAGGCAGCAAAUGAAAGCAGUAGCCAGAAUUAUAAAAGACUAAAAGUGGAAUUAACACAAUUGAUAAGAAAUGUAAGGGUGGGAAAAAAACUCAAAAUCAAUGAAAACUGAAAAGAUAAUACGAAUACAAGCAUGAAUUAAUGAGUGAAUGAAAAAAACUGUCUUAACAUCUGAAGUCAUCGUUCUACAUACCUGUUUGUUAUCUUGUUUGUUACAUAUGUGUGCAGUUGUUGUUUUUUUUUCCGCUUGGUUUAUACAUAUCACAUUUCACAGAAUCAUCUUUGACAUGUUUGGAAAACAACAACCCAACAGGAUGUUUGUAUCGUUGAUCUCUUAGAUAUAGCAUGAAACAAUGUGCUGCUAGUUUCACAGCGUGGACACAGACUGAGGGCAUGUCCUUAAAGACAAGUCAGUUAUGUCUCUGCCUACAUAUCUUAUCACCAUCCAUCUCUAAACCCACAGCCUGUCCGAAAGCAUGAACUUAUGCUUUUCAGUACCUGGCGACAUCCUGCUCAGGUCACGGACUUCAUUCCUGCUCAAGAGAUGUUUUUAAAUUCCUUUUUUCCAAGGCCGUAAAACAACGGCACAAACAAGUUUUCCUGUUUUCUUUUUCCUUGGAAGUGAAAGUUUUUCCGAGAUUCAGCAUCGGAGAUAAGUAAAACCUUCUCCACCUGAGAAAAAGUGUCAGUAUUUCUCAAACUAUUAACCCUUACUCCUCCCAUGUGAAACCCUCACACUGUGCGUCUGACAGAAGGGGUCAGCGGCUGCGUCUCUGGACCAAAGGUGUGUGAAGUAAAACGGGGAAAAGUCAAUGGCCAGGUGUUGGGGAGACAGGCCAAAGUCAAUACAUUUAACUCCAGAUUAAAACUAUUGAUCCCAGCCCAUUUGUGCACGAUAAAUAAAGUGUGAGGGGGGAGUAAAAGACAGCUGGGACUAAGUUUCCCCUGCGCUCCGGUGUUCGCACCCUCCACUGUUUGCCCUGAGAGCCCCCUCCCACUCCCACCCCUCCUAAUGCCUCAUUCUCAUUUCGUCUGUGCCACCUGCAUUGAUUUUCAAUUUGUUUCCCCUUGGCUGUGGAUCAUCAGUUAUGUGGCCAAGAGAGAGUUUGGGGGGUUCUCCUUUCAGAGGGGCUGCAGCAGCAGAGGGGGCAGACUUGCAUGCAUUCCCAGUACAAAUGGUGUUUUGAUAAAAAAUCACUUGUAAGUCAAUAUUUUUUUAUUAAACUGUGCACAAACCUGAUUGAUGAAGAUAGGUGUUUGGCAGAGUAUGUGGAGGAGAAUGUGUGUGUUUGUACUUGCCACGCUGUUCAAACAUGAAGUGUUACAGAUCCAACAUACCUUGGUUCGAAUCGAGAUAAGCUUUCAGGAGCUUUUUGUGAAAACAUGUGAUCAUUUUGAUCUAAUUGUUCAUUUAAAAUACAAUAAAACUUUUUUUUAAAGUUUUUUUUCUUGCCAAUCUUCUUCACUCUGCUUGAAUCUUUAUCUUUUAGCUAAUAACUUUCAUCAGCCUCGUUUAAAAAACUCCUGAUAUGUACUUUAGACAAGUUAUUUGCUAAUUCUAACUCACUGUGCCACCAAGACCCUUCAAUUUUAUUAAAUGAGGAUGACUUUGGCACUAAAGAUAAAUGAUCUCUUCAGGGAGAGAUCUCUCAUUCUGCGGCUGUGUGUGUGUGUGUGUGUGUUUGUAUUUGAGGGGGUUGCACGGCGGUCCGUCACGCCCCGAACCCUCUGAGCGCCGGCUGAUUUUUCUUCGGCCCCCAGUCACAGCAGCAGCGUUGGCAGACAGCAGGCCUACUGCUUAAUACCUUUUAAAUUGUUUUAAUUUUCUGUCUUUAUUGAUCUCUCGGGGCAUGAUUAAUCAGAUCAGUGGAGCAGGCAGUUAGUACAUUAAAAAUUGUCAGCGGCGUGUCAGGGAUGAUUGGGUGCUGAAGUGUGAGCAUGAGGGGUAAUGUCUGAAUGUGCUGGGCGGUCGAGUGUUCACUGUGAGCGUCUCUAUUCUUUAAAGUUUCAUGUGUCUUUGGGAGAGUAAGAAUAUACAGUGUGUCAGACUCGAUCAUUCAAUACAAAGCCCACAAAUCAGCGCACAUAAUGGUGAAAUGAACGCUUUAAUUCAUCACGUCAGCGGUGGAGUUCAGAUGAUUUCUGCUGUUUUUGGCGUCAUAUAUAGAUGUUUAGUUUUUAUCGUGGAUGGCUGCUGGAAAAUGGCUCUGAAUGGGUCACGUAGAGCUCAGUAGUUCCCUUUAAAAGUCUUAAAAACUGAAGUUUUAUCCAGUUUGAUGUGAAGAUGUGUGGCUCAUUUUGGCAUUCUUAGUUCAGUCUCUAUAGGAAAAAUGAUAUCAAUAACAAAAAGUGAAAUAAUCAAUGGAUAUAAGGCCUCUUUAAGUCGAAUUCAAAACCACAAUUUAUCAUCUUAUUCUUCUCUGUUUUUUGGUUUAUCCCUACAACAAUUACUUAAUUUCUACUUAUAUUCUGAUUGUAAGUAAUCAUUUAUGGUUUGGAUGGUGCUAGAUGAUUAAUUUUAUAAUAUUUAUCAUACCCCUGCUGUAAUUUUUGACCAUUUUUGCAUCGCUGUACCUUAUAAGCGUUUUCUUAUGCUCCUUUUCGAAAAUUAAAAUUUGCAAAAACAGUAAGGGUAUAUUCUUAGCAAUAAUGAGUUCCGAUGCUCACCAUAGCGAUGAACUGAUUGAUUUCAUAAUAAUCUUCUUUUUACUCUCUUAUUGUUUUUACGCUGUUUGCUGGUACGUUCAUCGGUUAAUGUCAGUCCAUUUCUCUUUCUUCACAGGCGUUGGGGAGCAUGUACUUCAUCCACAAGUCACUGGAAAACAUCCACCAGUAUGAUUUUAAUGGUAAGUUUCACCUUCAACAUAAACCCCACCCCUUACAUCUCGAACUAUUUUGUUAAUGGCUCAUAAAAAAGCUUCUAACAUCAGUGCAGCGACUUCAGACUUGCAUGUGAUUGACAUUUAAUCAUCAGACAUGUGAGGACAUCUCUCUGUGUUAUUGCACUUUGAUGGCCGGUUAUUCCAACCAUGUAUUUGCAAAGCACCUGAAUUUAAAGUGGAGCUCUUAUUUCGCUGCUGCAUAGUCCAGUCACGUUAGGCAUGAAAAAGCUCCUCAGAAAAGCUUAUGGAAGAACCAUAAACAUCCCGCAGCUGCCACCGGCUGUGCAGCCCAAACCGAUUGUUGUUUGCCAAACACAAUCUAAUGGCUCGCUUAUAGAUCCUCUCAUCACGUAUGCCGCUCUGAUGAGGUUAACACCAGUUUAUUGAUUGCUGUUUGCAUGUUUUCUCACUCUUUUACAUGUCACCCCUCUCUCUCUCAUUCCUCCUACUCUCACAGAUAAAGAUUUCAAAGCAGUGUCAGGGCACAACAAACACGUGGGCUCUCUCGACGGUGUCACCACAGUGGAAAAAGAAAAAUUCCCCAAGAAUUUCUGGCCUGAUGUGAGUAUGUAUGCAAGAGUGCAUCUGUGUAUACCUGCGUUUUUAGAUUUGUGUGUGUGUGUGUGCAGGUGUAAGGAGGGGGGAUGUGAGGGCCAAAGGGAGAUGUUGGGACAAAUGAGUCUACUGGGGCUUCGGUGGGCUGUCUGCCUGCUGUGACAGGGAGAUGAGACAAAUUAUGUGCGAGAAUCAAUAAUUAUCAGUAUGUCCCUUCAAAGACACGGCUCACUGCUGUUUAGUGACCCACUCUCAUCUGUCUCUGUUACAGUUCAAGUGGUCCAGGAAGGGCUUCAUGAGGACCCGCUGGAUCAUACACAACCAGUACGUAGCCGCACCCUGAAAAACUUCAGGCUGAGACUCACUUCUACUUGUUUUGUGUAAAAAAACUGCAGCGACUACUCCCACUUUUAGACCAAAAGUAGUGGUCUUGUGAUCUCCUGCAAUGUUUUUUCUCUUUGACCUGCUUUGUCUGUUUAUCUACUAUAAAACAAUAGACUGCUCCACCCCCUGUUUCCACUUCAGGGGCCGGGUUGGGUAUUGUUAGAAGGGAAACAACAAAAAAAAGCUGAUAAAAUACUUCACAACUUUACUUUUUGACCCUUUAUUCUUCCGUGCUGCUGCUGCUCUUUUGGUGAAGAGGCCCUUGAGAAAUGGCUGCGAAUUUCCUGCUCAAAUCAAAACAGCGAUUAGUAAAGAGCUAAUGAACAGCCUGGAGGACUUUAAAUAAAGGUACAGUGGGUAGAAAUGGGAAGUCAGAUAGAAAUUAGGUCAUAACUUCACUGCCCCCUCCCAAAAUCCUUUAAUAAUAAUGAUAAAUAACAAUAUACUAGGGCCCGACCGAUAUGGAUAUUUUAGGGCCGAUGCCGAAAAAACUCUGAUUACAGAUUAAUCAGCCGAUUUUAAACAUUUUUUAUGAAGUUUUAAAAUUUUGUUAAUUUAAGUAAUUAACAAAAAAAUCAACAUAUUUACUUUUUUUUUUUUUUUUUUUUUUUUUUACAAAUGGCUGCUUUUGAGCCUUCCAAACACUUCUCAGUAACAUUGACAUUAACCUCAGUAAUAUUUUACGUAUUCAUCAUGAAUCAAACUCGGACCAGAAAAGCGUUUUCAACUCUCCUCCGUGCGUCCCUGAGCUGCCUGCUUCAGAUCCGUCACUCUGCUGUGCUGUGAGGUAGUUAGUGGUUGGGGAUCGUCAUGAGGUCGCUGCACCAUCUACUGGAUUAGUCGGCGGAACAUUUUUGAAGUGAAACCGAAUCUUAUUCUUCGCAUUUUAUUUCUGAAAAUAUCAGCAACAAUUGGCGAGUUUUUGGCCGAUUACCGAUUAGUCUCAAACGUGCUAAAAUUGGCCAAUUUAAUCGGCUUGCACAUUUACCAAAAGGAUAUUUAACAAAAUAAAAGUCUUACCAGGGAAAAUCCCACAGUGAUGCAGCCAUUUUUAUUCAGCGCUUGCCAGUGUGAACCUGUGUUUGUUUUACUGUACGUUUGCCAGAACAUUCCUCUGGGAGUCAGCAUGUUUGGUUUAUUGGAUAACAUAAUUAAUUUUGCAGAGAUGGCCUAAAAAAACGAGUGAACUCAGAGUACAAAUGUGUUUGUUUUUCGACUCAGAAUCAAAACAUGUUUAUUGAAGAGAGAAGAUACAUCCUUAGACGUGACACACAUUUCCAUUCACCCUCACCGGUCUGGAUUUUUUGAUUUUUACUUUAUUUAACUUUCAUUUAACCAGGUAAAAUCUCAUUGAGAUCAUUAUUCAUUUACAAGGGUGACCCGGCCAAGAGGUCAGCAGCACACAUCAUAAUAAAUGCAAUAGAUAUGAGAGAACCAACAACGAAUUCACAGUUAAAGUGCAACAAACAUUUUGAGACAAUUACAGUUUAAAAACACGGGCAUUGUUCGUAGGAUUUUCUCUGCUCAGCGAAUAAAAUGGAGCAAAAGUCUUCAAAUGAAACCAGUUCUGACAUUUUCAGCCCUGUGUGUUGUGUUCCAGGCUGCAGGGGCAGCAUAACAAAAAGCCUGUUUCACCAGUUCAGUUCAGACUCUGGGCACAUUUAGAUGAUAAGUUGCACAGGAUCAUAACGGAUAGGCACUUCUUGAUUUCCAAAGAAGAGAACAGAGGUAGGAUGGGACCAAUCCAAAGAGAGACUUAUAAAUCAACAUCAUCCAAUGGGUGGCCCUCCUGGAGCUCAAGGAGGGCCACUCAACUUUGGCAUACAGCUGUGGUGCUGUCAGUUUGGUUCCUCUGUCACCUGCAGAGUUUCAUCAUAUCUGGUCUGCUUGUGCCCUUCACAGAGGUCUGGACCUGGUCAAUGUCCACCUGUUCCACGAUGCCUCCAACCUCAUUGCCUGCAACUCCAGUCCAUCAAUUUACUCAGCCAACCGCAAAAAUGCUCUCAGAUAUGUCAUCAACAGGUCAGAUUUCAAAAUACUCUUAACUGUGAAAAGCAUGACUUUAUAGGGGUUAAUAGAUUCCUCUAAAUGUAUAUUAAAUUAAUCAAUAUUUGUCCACAGAAAGGCCUGAGCACCCCUGUUCUUACCAAAAGGAUCUUUAUUUUCUCUCUAGGAUAUCAGACAGCCGAUUCACUCCUCUGCCUUUCUUCGUGUUUGGAGAUUUCAACUUUCGCCUGGACGCCCUGAGUCUGGUACAGGUAUGACACUACUUUAAUUCCUCCUAAAACUACAUGACUCUUCUCUGCAUGUGUGUAAAUUAACUAAGUGUUUCUUCUUGCAGCAUCUGUCUAUUUCAGCAGAUGUUCAGACGGUAAAGAAAGACAGCAGUAAUGAAGUGGAGAAGAUCAUCUGUGAAGAAAAAGACAACGACCAUCAGGUGAUGAAAACUGGGUCAGUAAAGACAACAGCUUACGUGGAGAUGUUUUUGCUUAACUUGCCUGCAAUUCACCCGCAGGUGCUGCUCCACAUCGAAGAGAAGCUGUUUGCCUACCUGCAUCAGGCUGUUUUCAGGGAGGACAACGGCAGAGCGGUAAGAAAACAGUUUUGAUAUGAUAUCAACACGAUCGCGUUGGCAGAAUUUUCUGUUGCUGGUGCAGCUGUUUAUUUACAAUCUAACAUGCCAUGCUUGAUUUUAGGUUAGAUCCCGUCACUAGAUCUGACCUAAAAUCUAGGUGGUUGCGAAAGAUGCAAAAAUAACCUUCUACGAAUCCCCACAGUUAGAGAAUUUAUUAUCAGUGCCCUAGUUUCACUGGCUCAUUUUUAAAAUGAUGAGACUUCCUGUGUAUGAGUCAUGAUCUUUUCCCCUCAGCUCUUGAAGUACGAUAAAGAAGUUGGAGCCUUUCAUGAUGUAGUUGGAGAAGAGGAAAUCAGCUUUCCACCGAGGUGAGAGGAGUAACAGAGCUGCUUAUCCCAAACACACUUUGAACUUUGAACAUGAAACUCUGUGGAUUUUUUUCUAAAACACACUCUCUGUUUCUUAGUUACCCCUACAGUGAAGAAAACACUAAACCAACUCAGUACAUGAACACCCGCUGUCCCGCCUGGUGUGACCGUAUCCUCAUGUCGCACGCUGCCCAAGAAUUCAUCCACAGGGUCAGUCAGUGCUCAGUAGACUUUUGAUGACUUUUUAUGAUGCACAAAAUGAACAAGACCGUCAGCAACAAGACUGAUGGUUUUAUGGGGGGGUAACUGUCAGCUGAGAAAACUGCUCAUACAGUUUUCUCUUAAAAUUUUGACAAUAAAUGACACAAACUAACAUCAAGAAUCAGCAGAAUAUGAUUUUUGGUCAGUUGUUUAGAUGCAUAAAAAAUCUCUUUGUAUUUGUGUCUGUUUGAGACACGUGAGGAACAUUUUAAAGGGUAACAUUUGAGCACCUCAGAGAUCUGACUGGAGAAUAAAAACACUUAAAAGUGCUUAAAAUCAAUUCUAACUGAGAGAGAGAGCCAGGGCAGAGUAAGGUGAUCAGUUUAUGGGUUAAAACUCUGACAGUGGAGUCUGAAUGAGCUGGAGUUUUCUGAGAAGUCUUAAAGGGAUGUGGUAAAAGCAUGACUUAUAAUUUCAUUAUCUUUCUGGGGUCAGACUUUCGCAGUGAAACGGAGGUGAUAAAAUGAAGUAUGACCUCGUUAAAAUGGCGUAUAGAUUUAAAUCUUAAGUCACUUCGAGGUUGCUCCUCUUGCUGCUUUGGGACCUAUGAAAAGGUUUUCUGUUUUAUCUUCAUUCUGAUUUAAAAAGUUCUUGCUCAUCUGUGGGGUAAGGGUUUUUAGAGCAUGUGUAGUGAUGCAGAAAUGUUCAGCUGAGUGUCAUCUGCAUAGAAAUGAAAGAAAACAUCUUUAUUGUUCUUGAAAUGAUAAAAAAAAGUAUUCGUCCAGGUUUUAAAAGAUUGUAAGCAAAUUUAAAAACCUUUGUUUUAACACUUUGAUUGUGAAUUUUAAUGGUUUAGUGGCUCUGUAAUACUUCAAACACAGUGAAGUGGGAUAAUACAUUUGAAAGAAGUCAACUCAAACGCCACAUUUACUCUGUUACAUGUCCAGCUAACAACAUUAACUUUCCUCCCCAGAGAGAUGAUGAUGAGAAGACGGUUAUUUACAACACAGUGGGUCCCAACAUCUGUAUGGGAGACCACAAGGUAACAGCUCAGAUUUCAUAUCUAUUGUUCAGGCGAACAAACCGGGGAUGUGGAGUGAACUCUGUUGUUCUCUUCUUUUCUUGCAGCCGGUUUUCUUGUUCUUCUCCCUGAAGACAAACGAACACUGACAGGGAUCUUUCUCAGAGGUGAGUGCAUGUGUCAGAGAGUGAGCUUCUAUAGUGUAUAAGAUGCAGAGUUGUCUAUGUGUCUCUAUAGUGGUUCCAGAGGGAGGGAUUCAGUGUGCUGGAGCGAUCACAGCAAUCUUACACAGCUCCCCUGGGAGCCAUAACCGCGGCUGGACCAUUGGAGUCGGGAUAUGAACUAAGAUGAAGUGCCUGCGGGACACAAGCACUCCUUUGUGUCCAGUGUAGUUGGACCACAGGCGAUCAGCACCUUUCACUGAUCUAUGUCUAUUGAAUCCUCUCCACUGUCACUGUGGAUACACACUAAGUGCACCUCAGGCCUGCUCUUCAUUAAUUACCAUCUGGAUGGCCGUCCAGAGAAACAUGCAUUUUACUAGACAGAAUAUUGGCAUUUUUAUGGCCAUGAUUUUGUUUUGCUGCUUUUUAAAUUUAUUUUUUUUAAGGAUGAAUUGUUUUUUCAUGAGGGUCUUUCUUUGGAGGGUUGCAGAAUGAUGAGAGGAACACAAUGAAAAGACUAAAAAGAUGCUGCAGACAGCUUACUCGGUGUUACAUGUAUGACAUUCAUAAUUCGUGAUUGUAAAACGGUGGUUGGUGUGUGUUUUAAAUGCAGCACCCAGGUUAAUGAUAAUUUUGUGUUUCUAUUUGUGUGUCUGCAACAGGUUAUCAGCAUGAUGAUCACCCACCUAUCAGCUGGUUAUGGGCCUGAACAUGGAAGAACCCCCACCUCACAUCGCAGGUGUCUCACAUUUGAUCUCCCAGCCAUAUUGAUGACAUGUGCACAGAUUUAUUAGAGGAUUUCAUGGAUGGAGGACGGUCUCCUACUUCCCUUUUUGUAACAGGAAUAAAUGCCGAUGUCUGGACUGCAGCUCUGUUUGAACAGUUUCAGUCGAGUCAUUUAUAUGCUGUUAUGUUACAAUUAAUUUCUAUUACCCCUUAAACUUUCUUAAACCUCUCAAGUCUGCAGAUAGAAACUAAACUAGAUAGCUUGAAUCCAGUAUUGCGACAUUGUGGCGUUGAUAACUCUUAUUUAAACAUUACGAGGAAAAUCAGUGUUAAUUUGAGAGUCUAUGUAAAAUUACGAGCAUUCGAUUGUGUUUAAUAUGUAGCAUCCUCCUCACUGCGUAUCUCACUGCCUCGCGUAUCUUAAUCACAUUUAAUUCAGAGCACAUUUUGAUAGAUCGAUAUCAGGAUUCUUAUAAGAAAAUGAUAGAGAAAUGACACUAGACGUUUUAUAAAAUAUCGUAACGCAAUGACACAAAGACAACAGCAGUUGAUUCUGAUGAGGGAAGAGCUGAGUUAAUUUGCAUAAUCUAGCAGCGGUGUUUCACUCUGUUUAAUUAAGUAGCAGUCUUUUGUUUAUUUUCUCAUGUAACAUCUGUCCGUUAAUACAAAGUGCUUUAUUCAAGAGGUUGAAACCAAGCAGUUUUUCUAUGUUUUGAUUGUAUCUAUCGUCACUCAGAGACAGUUGUCUGCACUGUUUAUCUCGUUUUUUGCAGAAUUCUCUCCAUUCCUCUCCUGGUUGGCAUCGACCUUAUUUCAUUGCCAAAAUAAUAACAAUGUUGGCUGCAUGUGUUUACUUCUACCUUAUCAUGUAAGAGUGCAAAUGUGUUUGUUGGUACACAGGGCACUGUUUGAGUUUGGAUGUCUUCGGUUUUCUCUUGUUUGUUUUGUUUGAUAAAUAGUCUCAUAAUGUAGCACCAGUAAUAUAUUUUUGAUCAUGUAUUAUUGUUAGGAUUUGUUGGCCAACUGACACCAUUUACAUCAUGUUAUACGAUUGUUUUUUUCGAAUUGUCCACCCUGGAGGACUGCAGCUAGUGGCAGCUGGUGUGUGUUUUGAUGAGCGUGUUUCUUCGUUGUUAACACUCCUUGUAUCUUACCGAUUUCGGGGAACACAGUUCGCAGGAUUUUUGGACCGUCAGCCAUGUUUUAAAGUGGAAUCCAACACUCGUCAUAACAAGGUUAAGUUAUAGGUCAUGUCUGAUCAGUGUGAGAACAGUUCUUAGGUUUUAGGAUUCGAGCUGGUUACUGCUGACUGGUCAUGAGUGUGGAGUUUAUUAAAAGGCCAGUAUUACAUAUAGACUAACUUUGUCAAACACUACUUUAUUGUGAUAUUUCUCUUUUGUAAAUAAAUGUUACCCUCAUGAGUA